AUGAGCAAAUCUGGCGGUGCCGGGUAUAAACACCCUGCUAAAGCCAACAACAACAAUCGCCUAGAAGAAGGAAAUGACGGGAGAACCACUUUGGACGACCUUAACAGGAAAUUCGAUCAACUUACUUGCUUGAUGAAUACUUUUGCUCCUGUCGUAAAAGAACUCAAGCAAGCUUAUGAUGCUGCACGCCAAAGGAACGAUGGUGAUGUUAUGUCUGAAGGUGAAACUGAUGACGAACACUCAACCAUCGGGGCUGCUGCUGUAGUUGAAGAUACAGCUUCAGCUCUAGCAAACCAAAGCGAUGCUUUGGUAGAUGAGCUGAUUUACGAAGUGACUGACAAUGAACCGACAGACCAACCAUUGCCAACUAAAAUUUCUAAAAUCUUGACCAGCAUUUUGUUCACUGAACUAAACGAACUAACAUUAUCAAAACGGAAGGAAGGGGUAAAACGCCCCAAAAACUGUGAUUUGUUAAGAGUUACAAAGGUGAACCCAGAAAUUUGGGACAUUGCUAGGAAAUCCACACGUAGCAUGGAUGCACGUCUACAAAAAUUACAAGAAGCCUUAAUACAAGGCCUCAUUCCGAUUUCCCAAAUUGCGGGAUCGAUUAGUAUCUCUCUUGGAACAAACCCUACAGCACCUGCACCGACACCAGAGGUUAUCAGGGAUGGGCUGUCCAAAUCUAUUGUGCUUCUCGCUUCAGCUAAUCAUGAUCUGAACAUGUGCCGCAGGGACUUGUUCAAAGUUGACCUUGAUGAAAAUUACAAGGCCAUCUGUAGUAACAAAGAACCUGUUGCUGCAGAACUGUUUGGUGAUGAUUUAAAGGAACGCCUGAAAACAGUAAAAGAAAGCAAAAAGGCUGCACAGCAGCUGACAAGCCAAAAACGGAAACGCAACGAUCAACGGUCAUAUAAUUCAGCUCAUAUAAUUCCAAUGCGCCUUUUUUAUUCCAACGUUGGGGCGGUCAUUUACAAAACCGACCCCAACGACGCAACUAUUAUUAAAACCAACCCAAGAGGAAAGUCGAGACAGGGAAAAAAACACUAA